GCACGAUUUAUCGCGGAGAGAGACCUGUGGUGCUGCAGAACGAGAUGGUCACGGUAAUGCAUUGAGUGUGCCACGUGACCUAAGUAUGAACGGCAAAUCGGCAAAUCGAACCGUAUCAAUCGUCCACCAAGUAAGACGUAGCGAGCUACAUGCCUAAAUGUCUUGACCUCUCUAGACUACCCAAAGCUCCAGGUCUUCGUUCAAUCAACCGUUGCAAUGUAACACCCGGCUCCCCUCUUCCAUUACUUUUCCCUGGUACCGCGCCAUACAACCGUGCCCGCAUUGUUGACCCAACGCACCCUGCCACUCGGUGGAAAGCCCACGCGUUUCCGCAUUUCUCCUGCCCUGCAUUCAUGCUGCGUGCUGUACCCAAGGGUGCGCUUCUGCGCCCAGAAUUUGAGAGGCGCUUACCUCAGAUUGAGCGCUCUGCCAUGGUACCGCGGGGGGAACGGAAGGACGGUUCCAAGAAACUAGAUAUGAGCAUAGUCUUCAUGAUUUCGAAAAAGAAGACGAACAAAAGGGCAGUGGUGCGCAACAGGAUCGCGAUGCGCAUCAGGUCCGCUUUUGAGCUCAUUGUUACUCGAGGUGCUGAUGCUGAGCCGAAAGAGAAUGUCGAAGACAGACAUCUGGGCAAGAAGUCAAUGUUCAUUUGCCUCUCUUCUCACAUGGACAAAGAUUGGACAUAUGUUAUGUCGCCUUCUCUCCUGAGUUACCGCAUGCCACUCCCCGAUCUCAUACAACAUCUCCGUGCAGGCCUCGAGAGUAUUCGAGCGCAGUCAAUGAAGCUCGAU